CUGUUCGAGGGAUCGCGAAUGCAACACUGUCUAACCCUCCAUUCAUCGUCACGGGCGCUAUCGCUACCAUGCUAGCCCGUCGUGUUAUAAUGGACUUAACUCGUACGUAAUGUCGUAACAAUACAACAAAAAUUGUCUUCUGACGUCAUAAUAUCUAGUGCACAUUCAAUUUAGCAUUAACGUUGUCCUGCUUGGUGAACUUAAACGCUUCGUGUUAUGGGAACGAGACGAAGACGUGGGUCUCCGCAGCGACGGGCUGUCAACGACAAUGUCCUCCGCGGCUCUCUGACGAGCUAAUUGUGGAUGUCUUAGGCCGGAGAUCAACCUAAAUUUGAAUCAUGCCUGGAAAAUUAAAAGCGAAAAUUGUGGCAGGCCGCCACUUGCCUGUCAUGGACAGAGCCAGUGAGCUUACAGAUGCUUUUGUAGAGGUCAAGUUUGGAAACAUAACAUUCAAAACAGACGUCUGCCCCAAAUCCCUCAAUCCACAGUGGAACUCGGAAUGGUUCAAAUUUGAGGUCGAUGAUGAGGACCUGCAGGAUGAGCCGCUGCAGAUCACCGUGUUGGACCACGACACAUACAGCGCAAACGACGCCAUCGGGAAGGUUUACAUCGACAUUGACCCGCUGCUGUGCAGCGAGGCCGCCUCCGUUAUCUCCGGCUGGUUCCCAAUUUAUGACACCAUCCACGGUAUCCGUGGGGAGAUUAAUGUCCUGAUCAAAGUGGAGCUCUUCAAUGACUUGAACCGCUUCAGACAAUCCUCCUGUGGAGUCAAGUUCUUCUGCACCACUUCAAUUCCGCGGUAUUACCGGGCGGCCAUGGUCCACGGCUUUGUGGAGGAGCUGGUGGUGAACGAAGACCCCGAAUACCAGUGGAUCGAUCGCAUCAGAACUCCUCGAGCGUCCAAUGAAGCUCGCCAGAGGCUCAUCUCGCUCAUGUCCGGAGAGCUACAGAGGAAGAUAGGUCUGAAAGUGCUGGAGAUGGGAGGCAACGCAGUGGUGGGCUAUUUGCAGUGUUUCGACCUGGAGGGAGAAUCGGGCCUGGUGGUGCGGGCCAUAGGGACCGCCUGCACUCUGGACAAAGCCACCUCCGGAGGCGGCGGCGCCGCCGUCGUCGCCACCGCACACACGCAUCCCAGCACAGCUCCCGCUUCCAAUGCCUGCAAUUCCCCUUCCAAGGACGGAAAAGAGCCGGUAUUUGGUGAGGACCUUCCCUCGUCAUCCGGCCCGCCCACCCCUCUCAGAGCCCUCCCCACCAACCCCUUCUCUCCUGCCCCCUUCUCCCCCCCCCAAGCCAGCCGCCAGUCCUCCUCAUCAGACACAGACCUCAGUUUGACGCCCAAGACGGAGGAGCCACAAUCGGUGAGACGCAGGCCGGGCAUCUUCCUGUGCCCCAGCUCCCCUGUCCUCUCCUCAUCUUUCUCUGGCUCAGCCGGCGGGGGCGCUUCUGGCUCCUCCCUGAGAAAUACCACAAUGCCCCCUCCCUCCUCUACCCACUCUGACUCUGCUCUGCUGAGAAAGAGCGUGUCCUUCACGGACGACUUUCUGCUAGGGACCUCCGGAAUGGGCAGCGGGGGCAGUGCCGGCAAGGAGGCGGGACCCCUGAAGACGCUGCUCAGACAGCAGACGCAGACUGCUCUGGAGCAGAGGGAGUUCCCUUUCUUCACCUUGACGUCUUUCCCACCCGGCUUUCUGGUCCACGUGGGCGGAGUUGUCAGCGCUCGCUCGGUCAAACUGCUGGACCGCAUACACAAUCCCGAUGAGCCAGAAACCCGCGACGCCUGGUGGGAGGAGAUACGACAAGAGAUCAAGUCUCACGCCAAAGCUCUCGGUUGCCACGCCGUCGUUGGAUACAGCGAGAGCACCAGCAUCUGUGAGGAGGUGUGCAUCCUGUCCGCGUCCGGCACGGCAGCCAUCUUGAAUCCCCGCUACAUGCGCGAAGGUUGUUUGGAUGUCGCAAGCAUGGACCACAGGUUUGAGGAGCCGUCUCCCUCCAGCUGCGGCUUCUGUCACAUACCGUACGAUGAGUUCAACAUGCCCUUUCCCGCUCAGCUCACCUACUGCUGCCUCUGCAGACGACAAAAGGUCCCCGACGUUCUGUUUACAACAAUCGACUUGCCGUCCGAGGCAGCCGUCACCGGGAAAGGCUGUCUCAUUCAAGCCAGACUGUGCCGGCUAAAGAAGCGAGCUCAAGGGGAGGUGAACGCCACGGCCAUCUCUAACCUCCUUCCUUUUAUGGAAUACGAACUGCACACUCAGCUGAUGAACAAGCUGAAGCUGCACAGCAUGAACGCGCUCUUUGGCCUCCAUAUACAGAUCAGCGUUGGCGAGAACAUGCUGCUGGGUCUGGCUUCUGCCACAGGCGUGUACCUGACCGCCCUCCCUACCCCAGGAGGUAUUCAGAUCGCAGGGAAGACUUCGGGCGACCUGAGCAACGAGCACCACAUGUUAACCAUCCAGAAGAGGAUCAACGACGCCAUCGCCAAGAACAAAGAGAUCUAUCAGAUCACUCCACCGAAAUUAUUUACCCUGGACCCUGAGGCGCUCGGCGACAUAGACAUGGAGCUCACAGAAGAAGUGGUGGGUUCUCCCAUUCCCGAAGCCAGACAACGAAACAGGCUGUUCCGCUCGCACUCGGAAAGCUCAGACGAACUGUCAGAACUGGACCUCUCUCACGGCAAGAAGGAUGCGUUUGUCCUGGAGAUUGACGAUACGGAUGCCGUGGAAGAUAUUCACUCCCUGCUCAUGGAUGCCUCGCCUCCCACGGGGUUCCACAGCUGCAACACUGAGACCAUGCCUGGGAUUUACAACUGGACUUCGGGAAUACAGAUGUUUACAUCAGUCAGGGUGUUAAGGUUGAGUAAUGCCAAUCUCACCAAUCAAGGCUUGAACAAAAUCUUCACUGACCUGUGUGAGAACCUGCUGAAGAGUUUCUACUUCAAGUUGCGCUCUAUGAUCCCCUGCUGUAUUUGUCAUCUCAACUUCACCGUGGCAGUGCCAGAAGAAGAGCUCAUACAGGUCGCCGUGACGGGGGUCGCCAUGACGUUCGACAAAGACCAGACUCAAGAGAAGCCACCGGACAAGCCCAUCACCCAAGGCUCUAGUGAGACUGAAGAACAGCUGCAGUUCCCUCUGGAGCUCUGCGCCGACGGCCCUUCCACCAACGCGCAGCCGCCGCCAUUAAAGACCUCAGGUGUCUCGGCAAGUAGUGUCGUGUCAUCCAGAGCUGCCUCCGUUGAUUACGGUUCCUUUGCAGACAGAUGCAGCACCUGGCUAGAGCUGCUUAGGCUGAAAGCUCACACCAUAAGACGAGGAUCAGUUAAGACAAUCUCAUCUCUGGAGCGCUCCAGCCCGUUGUUCGAGAACCGGUCCCGCUCGCUGCACUCCAACCGCUGCUCAUUCGGAGGAAGCUCGGUCACCGUGGUGAAGAUGACGCCGUUAUCCUUCCUUCCCAGUAUGCGUGUGGUAAAAUACUUGGGCAUCAUCAACAUGUUCUUCAUUCGAGAGACCACAUCCUUAAGAGAGGAAGGCGGCGUGAGCGGCUUCCUCCAUUCGUUCAUCGCGGAGGUGUUCGCCAUGGUUCGCGCCCACGUGGCAGCUUUGGGGGGAAAUGCCGUCAUGUCCUACAGCAUGAAGGAGUGCGUGUUAAUGGAGAAUCCCAAUAAGAACCAGGCUCAGUGUCUCAUCAACGUGAGUGGCGACGCCGUCAUCUGUCUGCGGGAAUCGGAUCAGGAGCCCACGUCAUCCGCGACAAACCUCGGGCAGGCGUGCACCAGUGCAAUGGAAGGGGCUUCAUGACACCUGCCCUCCCUCACUCAGCCACAUACAGUCUAGCCGUCCAAAUUGGAGCAGUCUUCGCCUGCCUUAAUUUUGUCAAAUAUCCCAAAGUUCGGAUGCCGGUCAUAAUAAGCAACACAUACGCACAAAAGAAAACGACAAUUGCUGACAUGGAUUUUUUUUGUCGUGAGUAUUUCCGCCACAGUUGCUUGAAAAAAAAGGCCAAAGAAGCGCCAAACAUUUGCCUGCUUUAACCGCCGUGUCAGCCCAAAGCUCCGCAGCAUCAUUCGGUUUGGUGACCUACAAUCACAUACUCGUCGAAAGCGGGGUACACUAAUACCGAUCUCAUCAAGUUCUGACCGGUUUCCAAGCAAAUCUGGAUAAAAAAAAAAUCACUUAAAGCAUGAGACAGCCCGUUACAAAGGUCAACACAUUUUUACUACAGUACAUGUUUUAAUCUCGGAUGCAAGUAAACAUUUCAAUCAAUAGUUCAGGAUAAUCUUUUAGAGAGAUCCGAUAAUCAGACCUUAACUCGAAUUUGACCCGCCUGUUGGUAUGUGUGUACCCGCUUCAGUCAUUUUUCUAAGGGACUCGAUCAUCUUUUUAAUGCACUUGGAUUCUCAUUCAGUGUUUAAUGUCCACAUUUCACUGGGGGUAUUUCAAAGCGACAGUCAUCGGCAUACACAAAUUUGCCAAGUCUAUUUUGUACUGUCUUGCUCCCAGAAAGCAUCACCAACCACAAUUCUUGUAUGUAAAAAAAAAGAAGGAAAAAAAAGUCACAGGCCUGUUUGCUGCGAUUUAUAAGAUUGACGAUUGGUAAAAUAGUUCGAAAUGGAAUAUAUUCAAAGUAACCAUGGUUUAUUAUUAAAGUUAUAAUGUCUUUGCUCAGCUUGCAUCGCUGCUGUUUACAUGUUUAGUCUAAGUCCUAAUCCUGCUACUGAUUUUUGUCUGUGUUCAAUCAGGAUUUUUCCUUUUUUUAGCAGGCUGUAAAUGUUGCUUUAUAAUCAUUUAUUAUUAUAAUUAUUAUUUUUGUAAGUGCAAUAAAUGCUUGUUUGGGAUUAGUGGUACUAUAAAUCUGUUUAUUUGCUUGGGGUGAAAACCAGGUUGUGACUUUUAUUGUUUUUGUGUCAAAACUUGAAUGUGCUAGAAGCAUGCAAGCCAAAUUUUAUCAGCCAUAAACUUGUAAUGCUUGACUAAAGCUUUCACAAUAAACUCAAACAAAGAUGA